GUUAGCCGCAAGGCUAACAAGACAUUUGCCCAGGGCAUUUGGGGGCGGAUUUUCUUGCCGCCCCCUGGAAAGUGCCACCCAAGACAACUGCCUUGUUUGCCUAUCGGCUAAUACGUUCCUGGUCGUUAUCUUGGGGCCCCAAGCAAUUGCUUGGUUUGAUUGCCUUGUCGCGACGGGCCUGACUGUAUGUGUCUGUUAGUGAGUGUGUAUGUCUGUUAGCUAGUGUAUGUGUGUCUGACACUGAGUGUAUAUGUGUCUGUCAGUGAGUGUGUAUGUGUAUUUAGAAGGUGGGGUAGGGCCCCCCAGGCUGGCAGCGGCAGGCACGAUGGAAGCACUAAUCUUCCUGUUCAGCUCCCUCGCGUGCACGGCAGUGAUGCCGGAGCCGGAAUAUGACGUAAUUCCGGCCCCGGCAUCACUAUGCGGCGCAUAGUAAAGAUCCUUAAGUUUGACUUUGAGAUUUUAUUUACUUAACCAGCUGUUGAAAACAAACAAGAACAUUCCAAAUGUUAACCGAAAAUAGAUUAGUUCUAAAAUAUUACAUAUUGUUAUUCACUGAACUAGGAAUUGUAGAGAAAUGUCAAGAAAACUAAAAAUGUUUUAUCAAAACAAAUCCCCACUUACAAGGUUAUUCACUGAACUAUAGCUAAAAUGCAUCAAGCUGAGUCUGUAGGCGAGAGAUAUUUUUUCCUGAGCAUUUUCUCUAAAUUUUGCAAUAUGGGUUUUAAAUGUGUUAGCAUUGUAAGCUUAGUGAACUUUAUUAAUCUUUAUGAAAUACUCAUUAUGACUGUGUUGGAAUUUUAGUGAAAUUCCAACACAGUCAAGAGAGAGAGACAAAUUAUGGACUACUUUGUCUCUAUAUUUCCCUUCCGCAUGACUUGUCUUGAUACAAGGCUGAGCCUAAGUGUCAAUCCCUGCAGCGAAUUGGCUGUGUCUAUAAAGCCUCGCUGUGGUCUCCCCCAUAGACCUCAAAGCUGUACUCUUGCGCACGUGUGUUGGCGCUGACGAGGACCUCGCCGGAUCAAAAUGUUGGCGCGCAGGAGAGACUGGUUCAGGUGUGUAAACUCACCUUUACCUUACCCCCACCCCUGGGCAACGAGCGGCAAUGUCAUCGUCAAGGGAAUUCAGCAAAGUCCCCAAAGAGUGGGCUAUGUUUUCAAUAUCUUCACAGAUCACUUUGAGUGCCUGAGAAUUGUCAGGUUAGGUGAUAUAGCUCUGCCCCUGCUGGAUUAGUGGAUACACCCCACACCAUGGAGCAGGUAUUGCCAUCCCGCACCCACCACCAACACAGUGCACCACUCCUGUCCUAUUAGUGACACAAGCAAAACCCGGACAAUUCCCGCUCCUUAACCCCUUAAGGACCAAACUUCAGGAGUAAAAGGGAAUCAUGACAUGUCAUGUGUCCUUAAGGGGUUAAAAACGGGUUCAAGGAGCGAAAACAGCAAAAAACGCGAUUGUCCUCUGCGGGGACCCGUCCAGGGCGCCCGGCUACGUCACUCCCCCGGCGGCCAUAUUUGAUUAGGGAAUCGGCUUCUCACUCGAAAGCCGCGAGCAGAGAGCGAGCGAGCGCGCGGUCUCGGCUGGUUUCCCUCUCUCGGCAGCUCCUAUACAAAGCGGGCGCUAACAUGGCGUCUCCCCGCCGUUUUGUUUCUGUGUGGCGAUCCCCGCGGGCGGAGGCGGCUCCCUGACGGAGGUGGGGGGGGAUAACGCUGGGCUCUCCGUCUCACAGUCCGCGCGCGCGGUAAGGCCAGGCUAGAUCUCGCGAGACUCGGCGCACGCGCUCGCUCCUGGGUCCCUGAGCGCGCGCUCCGAACGCCCAGCGCCAGCAGGGGGGCCUCGCGGUGGGUCCUUUCCUUUUUUUUUUUUUUAGGUGUCUUCAUAAAAUGCCUGCUGCCGCUCGGUUUCUUUUUUCAAGAUGGCGUCGAUGAGGGAGAGCGACACCGGCCUGUGGCUUCAUAACAAGCUGGGCUCGGCGGACGAGCUCUGGUCUCCCCCCAGUAUCGCCUCGCUGCUCACGGCCUCCGUCAUCGACAACGUGCGGCUCUGCUUCCACAGCCUGUCCUCCGCCGUCAAAAUCAAACUGCUCCUGGGGAUACUGCACCUCCCGCGCCGGACCGUGGACGAGGUGAGACCCCCCCCCCGGCUCCCAGGGGCCCCAAAUACCGGGCCUCCAGCCAGUACAGCACUACAACUCCCAGCAUGCAUUGCCAGGGGAGCUGCGGGUCUAUCAUUGCCCAGCACUGCCCCCAAAUCUCCCAGCUUUAUUAAUACCCCCCACCAUGUACCCCCACUGAAACAGCUCCUGUGUGCCCUCACCCGUCACACAAAUCUCCCAGCUUUAUUAAUACCCCCCCCCACCACCCCCCACUGAAACAGCUCCCUGUGUGCCCUCACCCUGUCACACCAAAAUCUCCCAUUAAUACCCCCCACCAUAUACCCCACUGAAACAGCUCCCUGUGUGCCCUCACCCUGUCACACCAAAUCUCCCAGCUUUAUUAAUACCCCCCCUGCAAUACCCCCCACUGAAACAGCUCCCUGUGUGCCCUCACCCUGUCACAAAAUCUCCCAGCUUUAUUAAUACCCCCACCAUAUACCCCCCACUGAAACAGCUCCUGUGUGCCCCUCACCCUGUCACGCAAAUCUCCCAGCUUUACAUACCCCCACCAUAUACCCCCACUGAAACAGCUCCUGUGUGCCCUCACCCUGUCACACCAAAUCUCCCAACAUUACCCCCCCACCCAUCUGUGUGCCUCACCCUAUCACACCAAAUCUCCUUCUACUAUAUACCCCACUGAAACAGCUCUCUGUGUGCCCUCACCCUGUCACACAAAUCUCCCAGCUUUAUUAAUACCAUACACUAAACAGCUCUUGUGCCCCUCACCCUGUCACACCAAAUCUCCCAGCUGACCCCAACAGCUCCUUGUGCCCCUCACCCACACCACCCCCACCCCCCACUGAAACAGCUCCUGUGUGCCCUCACCCUGUCACACCAAAUCUCCCAGCUUUAUUAAUACCCCUGAAACAGCUCCUGUGUGCCUCACCCUGUCACACAAAUCUCCCAGCUUUAUUAAUACCCCCACUGAAACAGCUCCUGUGUGCCCCUCACCCUGUCACAAAAUCUCCCAGCUUUUAUUUACCCCCACUGAAACAGCUCCCUGUGUACCCUCACCCUGUCACACCAAUCUCCCAGCUUUAUUAUUUACCCCACCACUUUCAAAACAGCUCCUGUGUGCCCCUCACCCUGUCACAAAUCUCCCAGCUUUAAUUCCCGAAACAGCUCCUGUGUGCCCUCACCCUGUCACACAAAUCUCCCAGCUUUAUUUACCCCCACUGAAACAGCUCCCUGUGUGCCCUCACCCUGUCACACCAAAUCUCCCAGCUUUAUUAUUACCCCACUGAAACAGCUCCCUGUGUACCCUCACCCUGUCACACCAAAUCUCCCAGCUUUAAUAUCCCCCCCACCAUGUACCCCCCACUGAAACAGCUCCCUGUGUACCCUCACCCUGUCACAGGUCACACAGUAACACAGUAUUACUGCAGGGCUCAAGGAGAGAGGGGAGAAACUGCAAUAAUAAACAUUAUGCUGGUCCAAUUAAAAUACUGCACAUACUGCAAUACUCUAUCUUAUUUAUAAUAUAUAAUAUGCAAUCUGACUUUCUUUUCACUCUUACUAGACAUUUUUUAUUUACAUCACUGCAAUACUUUUAAAUAUACCACAUUAUAAUUCUAUUUAAAUAUCUGUAUGGAGAGUCAUGUAUACAUGGCAAAAGCAGUGUUGACAGGGGGUGUGUGUGUGUGUGUAUGUAUGUGUGUAUAUGUAUGUAUGUAUGUAUGUAUGUGUAUAUAUAUAUAUAUAUAUAUAUAUAUAUAUAUAUAUAUAUAUAUAUAUAUAUAUAUAUAUAUAUAUAUGUGUAUGUUAUUUUAUUUAUUUUACAAAUUCUGAGCCCAUAUCUCCAUGCUGAUAUAAUGUGAAAAGAGAAAACACAGAAGUGUCUUGAGUAUGUAGCAUUCAUAUGCCGUGAAGAGCGAAUAUAUGUAUUCAACGGAGUCCUCUCAAAGGGAAGUGAUUCGAUGACUGGAUUUUUCUUACAGUAGCUUACCAAUUAUAUAUGCUGUGUGCUGGCAGCAUUUUGCAUGUGAUGCCCAACAUAUCCAGGUUAGCAUAGAUUUCCCCCCUGCGCCCCCCAAGUUAGUUUAUCCCUGCCAGUACGGAAAUAUGUGGCAAGUGUAGAACGACUGUGAGUGAGCAGAUUGCUGGUGUUUGUUUAAAGCGUUGCAAAAAUGCACCUUUUAUUUCUAUAUUUCUUCAGCAACCUAUUUAGAGGAAAAAAAUGUUGGAAUAUGAUUUAUUCUAGCUGAACCUUUGACAGUUGGAAUACAGACUUUGUACAACUUAUAUGACUGCAAAUUCCUGUCCUAAUGUAUUUUACACCCCACCUCCUAUAUAAUGUAAGUUCGAUUGAGCAGGGUCCUCUUCAACCUAUUGUACCUGUAAGUUUUUUUUUUUUUUUUUUGUAACACUCUUCUUUAUAGUUAAAUCCUUCUCUCGUAAUAUUGUAAAGCGCUACGGAAUCUGUUGGCGCUAUAUAAAUGGCAAUAAUAAUGUCUGUAAUUUCUGCAAAAACAUGCAUAUGGCACCUUUUACGAACAAUAGAAGGAUUGAGAAAAUUAGGGCAUGCUUCCUGACCUGAGUGAGCAUCUCUACUACUGUCUCCCUCUACUGCUAGGCAUUGCGCUGUCACUCACUGAACAGGCAUCUUUGUAACAUUCAGCAAAACCUCUGACACUUGUGGGCUGUUACUACUCUUAUACAGGGUGCGCUACGUAGAAUAAAUGAGAUAAAUGGUACAAAUAGGAGAUAUUUACAAAGAAAGUCUCUGAAAAUACAAGGUGGGUCUUGGGUAGGUCUUCUUAGAUCCUUGAUAAGGUCCUCAGUGGUUGAUAUUAAAAAAAGACCAAUAGUGCAAAACUGUAUGGGGAUGGUGUCACGGACAACACAGAAAAGAGAAAUGCCAACUCACGAUCGAUAGAGCUAUGCCCAGCUCUAGGUAAAACAGCAUACAGUGGUAUUUGGAACUCCCCACAUGUAGGAUAUAGCUGGACAAUAGGUAAUUCUUCAAUAUUUUGUACAACGACUCAAAUAUGUGUCAGCAUAUAAAAAACGGACCAAUGGUACAAUAGCGUAUGACACCUGCAGCUACAAAAUUGUCAGUUGUGGUCCUACUGUAGCUUUCCGUGGAAGACUUGUAUCUCAUGAACAACUUUAUGCGUGCAUUCACAAAACCGCAUUGCUGUGUAAAUAUUUGUUUAAAAGUUUCAUUCUUGAAUGAGUAAUUUAAUGAAAACUGUUCAUGCAAAAUGAAUGGUAACUUUAUUUACGUUAUUGUUUCAGUCACAUUCUUGCAGUUUUGCUGGGUAGAGUAUCGGUUCCCCAAAAUAAUUUUAUUGAAGAUCUUAUAGGUCAAGUAGCAGUCGUGGUUUACGUGUGAACAAGAAAGAACAGUUUGUCAUAUGAAUCAAGAACCAAAUCUGCUUACUGUGCAAUGGUGCCAGUGGACUGUUGUCACUAAAACUCCUACAGCAAUUAGCAGUGGUUAUGGUAUGGAGUGCUCCUUUAAAUUAUCUGUAGUUCACACUGCAGGGGUGCCCAAACAGUAGAUCCCCAGAUGUUGUAGAGCUAAACUCCAAUGAUGCUUUUAUCUGGUGGUCUACAUUUUGGGCACCUCUAGCGUAGUGUCUAUGGGUAAAGCCCAAGUAGUCUGCCAGUAGAGAAUAAAAAAUUUAUUUAUUUGGUUGCAUCUCUCUCAUGCGCUCUCUCAUCAUGCUCUUGAAGUUGGUGUUUCAUAUGUGAAAAUAAAGAUGACACCAGGCAGUAUCUUCCACAGUCUGUUUGCUUAAAAUUACUUGCUUGAUAGAGGUGAAUAGGAACCUGUAACAGAAUUUUACUGUAGUUGUAAGGGGGCUAGGAGUGAUCCCCUUGAUUUUAAUUCACUCGAGUGUUUACUUUGGCAUACAAACCUUUUCUUUAACUGAUUUAUUAAUGUUAAACCAGGGCUUGACUAAUUUGCUUGGAAUCUAGAAGCCAGCUCGAAAAUUUAGGAGCCAAAGAAAUCCACGAUUAAAAUACAAUUCUUAAAGGGACACUAUAGUCACAGACCCACUACAGCUUAAUGUAGUUAUACUUAAAGGGACACUCCAGGCACCCAGACCACUUCUGCCCAUUGGAGUGGUCUGGGUGCCAACUCCCACUACCCUUACCCCUGCAAGUGUAAUUAUUGCAGUUUUCAUAAACUGCAAUAUUUACAUUGGAGGGUUAAGUCCUCCUAGUGGCUGUCUACUAGACCGUCACUAGAGGACACUUCUGUCCUAGAACAUGAAAAGUGUUAUAAAAACGCUGGACGUCCUCACACUAUGUUAGGACCUCCAGCGUCUCCGAAAUCCCCCUAGGAAAGCAUUGAAAGCCUUAUUCAAUGCUUUCCUAGGGGGAGGUCUAAUGCGCGUGCCGACAUUGAUGUCGGCGGGGGAGGAGCAUGGGCGGACCCUGACCCAGCACUGUGGGACAUCAGCGCUGGAUACAGGUAAGUCACAGAAUGGGGUUUUAACCCCUUCAGUGAUGGGGGGACCUGCAAUGCCAGGAAAACAAACUGGAUAGUCCUUUUAAGUCUAUAUCCUGUCCCUGAAUGCUUUUCAAUGUAAACACUGAAUUUUCAGACAAAGGCAGUGUUUACAUUGCUGCCUGGUGACACCUCUAGCGACAGUCACUCAGACGGCCUCUAGAGGUGCUUACUGGGUCAGUGCUUCACAAUGUGCAACACGUACAUUAAUGUUUCAUAUAGGUAUGCAUUGAUUCAAUGCACCUUUAUGAGAAAUUAAAUUUGUGCAGUGGCAUUUUGCAUGUGCAAUAGUUUCCAAUGCUUUCCUAUGGGGAAGCAUUGGAUUGGCUGAGAUAGUCAGGAUUGAAGAGGGGCCAGCUACGGCGUGAGUGAAAACACCUUUCCCAUGUGAUUAGAAGGAAGACACACUCAGUCCGAUAGUUUCGCUCAUAAACAUUCAGACACACACUCACAAGUUAUUACUUUUGUAUUUAAAUCCAUCCAGCCUCCUUACUUCUGGAGUGGAUAGGCUUUCCCUGGGGUUCAGUGGGGCUGCUGUCAUCUCCCUACUCUUCUGUUUAGUGGGUCAGAGUGAAUGAGCAGAGCAGCGAAAUUACAGCUCCCACGCCGCGGUUCUAAGUCAGCCGUCCGCCCCCUCACUCAGCAAUACAUGAGCCGGCCAGCUGACCGCCUCCCUCAGUCAGCAGCCUGCCUCAGCCCUCCGUGACCCGACUGCAGUCUCUGCUCUCAGGCAGCCGGUCACCUUAGGGGCUGAACAGGGUCACAAAUCCCGGGCCACGGCGACCUGGCGCCUGGGAUUUGUCGAGCCCUGUGUUACUUACAAAAUGUGAUUUGUGCAAUAAUUGCCUAUAAUUAAACAGUUUACUGUGAAUGUAUUGCAAAUAUGCAAGUAACUAGCAGUUCUGGCUGCAAACAUCUGCAGAGAAAAGGUUCUUGCUGGAGGGUUGUCUGUCUGGUCCCUUAUUUCAUUGAAGAUCAAAGUAAGCUGCCCACGUAGACUGCAGGUCACUGAAUUGAUUAGUAUUGUUGGCAGAAACGUGUUAAGUCUUUGCAGUGGAGGUCUGAUUGGAGAACUCUUAAAGGAACACUGCUUAAUGUAGUUGUUUUGCUGAGUAUAAUAGAUCCCUUCAGGCAUUUUCAUGUAAACACUGCCAAAGGUAAGAAGGCUGGGGGGGGAGGGGUUAAAAAAAAAAAGGCAGUGUUUACAUUGCCCCUAGGGACACCUCCAAGUGGCCACUCCUUAGCAGCCCUGCCGUUCAGCGUCCCCACGCUCUGCAUGAAGAAGCUGAAUUUUCCUCAUAGAGAUGCAUUGAUUCAAUGCAUCUCUGACGAGGUACUGAUUGGCCAAAACGGGAUUUGGCCCUGUGCAUAUUUUAGCCAAUCCAAUGCUUUCCCUAUGGAUUGGCUAGAAAUCGGCCAUUUUGAUGGUGUCAAAAAAGGGGAGUUUUAAACUUUUUUUUAUUUUUUUUUAUCGGGGGGGGCAAGCAACCUAAAUGGUGGGUUAAAAACUAUAGGGUCAUGAAUACAUGUUUGUGUUCCUGAUCCUAUAGUGAUCCUUUAAAUUCUGCAAUAUGUGUGUACUUUAGCCUGAGUCUCUGGGUAUCGUUCAAACUCUGCUUAUUCGGUUCAUAUGUGGAGGGAUGGAAAUCCUUGUAAUAUUUACCAAAAAAGUCAUUUGAAAUGCUGCAAUUUGUGAUGCAGAGUAUUGGGUGUUUAAAAAAUAAAUAAAUAAAUCUAGCAUCAAUUUUAAAAAAUGGUUUUGAUCAGUCUUAUUUUUGUGGUGGAAAAUGUGUAAUGAGGACCACCCCAACACCCAUUAGAACAUGGAACACUCCACUUCUCAAGUGCGAAACGGCAAAGGAAACAAUAAAUGCUCCACUGCGUAGCCGCCAUUUUCUCUCCCGAAGGCAGGCAGCGGUACCUGGUCAUCGAGUGCCUGGAACUUAUUUCGGAUAGGCACUCUGGUGAAGAUGAAACUGUUGCAUGUUUAGAGACGAACGGCUUUCGGCAGAUAGAGUGUAACUUAUUUGAGCAGUGUUCACAACUACCUAUUGUUCCUGUUGCAUUUUAUUGUCUCGUUUGGUAAAUUCCCCUCUUAUUCUAAAGCGCUGCGGAAUAAGCUGGUGCUAUAUAAAUAAUAACCAAUAAUUACCGAAUGGAGGGAGCAUUCGCUACGUGAAAGCAAUGGAAUAUCCUUUGUGGUUUUCGAAUAAAAACCCUCGAACUGAGACUGGCCGUUGCCACUAUUUCUCUGGAACUAUUUUGGGCUUCUACCUUGUGGUCGGCCAGUCAAAACUUUACCCCAGUGGAAUUCCAAACUAUUGAACCAAUCGGAGGGCUUUUUGGAUAUGUUAGGCGCUCAGAUCAGGGCUAUCCGGGGAUGUGACUCUCAAGGGGUUUCCAUGUAUUUUGGGGUGUUGUAAAACAUUUUUUAUACUUUUCUGUACUUGUGACAUAAGUUACAGGUUUCCUGACUCAAUUAUCUCAGGCACAGGGAGGAGUUUUACUAUGUAUAAAUUGCUUAUCUGAAAUUAACAGAUCUACUCCCUGCAUUCAGUCUCGACUAAUGUAUGGGGGGGAAAGCUAUACCAGCGGUAUUUACUUUAAUGGUUGAUAGAGCUACUUCACUUUGGGAAAGGGAGUCCAUGGCGGUGAUAUAGUGGCGGUCCGCCACACUGAGUACCUCUGUAAUCUGGGCUAAAAUCCAUAGCUACUCAUAACCUGUACAACAAACAUACACCUCUCUCUGGGAACUUCCUGGAGACGGGUACUUCAGUACAGCUUUUUUUGAGGUAGGAAAUGACUGAGACAGUUGAUUUCAAUAAUUUUAGAAAAAAGUGUACUUUACAGGAGCCAACUUUUGUAUUAUCAAUGCAACUGAGUUGAGUACUUGUUGGGCACAGGAUUUUUAUUUAGUUUUCUUUCCCUCUCCUGGCGUGUCCUUCCUUUGAGGCAAUCGUCACAUUGUACAUUUUUGUAAAAAGCUUUGAAAAGUUCAAUGUGUGUGUUUGUCUAUAUAUUUGGAUCAGUUGCCUGAGGGAUUUGUGAAACGCUGACAUUGAUGGACUUUUAAAGUGACAUUUCAAUUUAUAAUCUCUGCUAGAAGACUCCUUGCACAGUCAAGGGUAGGCAUCCUUUGGCACUCCAGGUGUUGUGUACUAAAUCUCCCAUAAUUCUCUUGCAGCCAUAAUGCUGGCAAAGCAUCAGGGGAGAUAUAGUCUACAACAUCUGGUGUGCUGAAGGUGGUCUACCCCUGGGAACGGUGAUGUCUCCUAAUACGUAGCUAAUAACUACGGGGUUUUGCAAAUGUAUCUGUACUCAAGCCCUCUCCUUCCAUGUCAGGGGAAGCUAUACUUACUCUAAUUUCUGUCUCUAAUCACUUGCUCCACAGUUGUUUGCAUGCACAGUACGCAGCAUGGGCGACUGCUGUAUACAGGACCAAUAAAAACUGCAUGGGGAUGCCGAAAUAAUAGCAGCUGUUACCCACUUAUUCAUCAGCUACAAUAAGAGGCUCCUAUUUAUGCCUUUACCUUCCCUCGCAGAGCUCUCUUCCUUGCUGGCUGGCUGUGUAUUUACAUCAGGAAUAUUACAGUGGCAAAGUGUUACACUCCAACCUGCACCAUAUCAAUUCAUACCAGGCAUUGUUGUAGUGAUGUGCUGAGAGCAUUUACCUGAUGCUGUCAGCCCAUCACUAAACAGUUUAACCAUAAAUUUGGGCCAGGCACAUGAGGACUCCAGGCACUGUAACCACUCUACUUAAUCAAGGGAAGUUAUGGUGCUUAUCAUAUCCCUUUUGUGUCAUAGUAAGUGUAUCAUUACUAUGAUAUACUAGAUCAGGGGUUAGGCAACCUUUGGCACUCUAGAUGUUCCAAACUACUUCUUUGUAAUGUUUUUACAGCCAUGAUGCUGUCAGAGAAUCAAUGGAGAUGUAGUCCACAACAUAUGGAGUCCCGAUGGUUGCCUUCCCCUGCACUAGAUCAUAAAACCAUAUGUUUGAUCCAUACCUCCCUAUACACAGCAGAUCCAGAUGUGACUUUUGGCUUUGCCUCUAGUUUUCAGUUUGUGAAUACAUUACACUCCUAUAAAGAUGUUAAUCCAACACGCUGGAAGCUGGUCUUUGUAAAGAGUUAAUGGCUGCAAGGUGAGCUUCCUUAGAGGUGAACUUGUUUCAUUCUAUUGCACCAGCACAUGAUGAAACAGAGAAACUGUGUUAUUGCAAAAGGUUCUUCUUUUGUUUUCAAAGUGUCAGGUAUUCUCAGAAGUGUUAAAAAAAAUAAAAAAAAAGAAAUAAAAUAAAAUCCCCUAUUCCUUUCACCACCACUCAAAAAAUAAAAAAAUGUAUUAAAACAUUAUAAAGGCCUUUUUAGCCACACACCACUGGCAUGUUUUAUACAAAUACAUUUAUAAAAAAUAAAUUGCUUGUAAUAUUUAAAGCAAAACUAUAGCAUUAGGAAUACAAAGUACAAGUGACUUCUCAUUGUUUAGAAUCCAGAACUCCACAUACAGUAAAAAAUAAAUAUUAAUUUACCCGGUACAGCUGCCCACUCCUGUAACAAUGGCAUCUGGCAGGUGUCGUUUAAAUAUCUUCUCAUCCUCAUCAGGAAGACAGCCAGUAAAGGUGUGUUUAGCCCUACAAUAGAAACCUUACUGCGUCUACUAGACCACAAUGUCAUUGCAGGGCAAAACCUAAAAGAUUACUGUAUCCAGAAGAUUUUGUUGAGUAUAUUAUUAUAUUCUAGCUAUUGGGACUGUACUUGAAGUCUUCUGACAUUUGAUUUAAGUAGCAUUGUCACUUCUGGCUUUAUCACAAACAACAAACCUUACACACAACCUAUGAAUGAUGAUCAAAAUGUUGGCGAAUGUAGCAAAAGGCACAUCCAGCAUCACUUGCUAACUGGUGUCUAGUGCAGAAGAAGACUGUUGCAUCUCAUUAAGCGUGCUUGAGAAGAUCUGUAGCAGAUGUUUGACAUCUAUAGUGUUUGUCAAACCGAAGUCAAAUUUUUUUUUAUUUUUUUUUUUUUUGGUCUGCUUUAUGGGAUCUUUGUAGAACUUACUUUCUCUGUAGAAACAGUGUUUGCCUUCAUUCAUUCUCUGUGUGCCUAACAAAAAAUUUGUUGAAUUUAGUCUUUAAGUUUCACAUUGACCUAUUGGUGGUAAGUGGUAUUGACUGUGUUGUGCUUCCUAUAAUGCUGCUUAUAAGUGCACCUAUUAGAAAAUGUCCUGUUAAGACUACUCUUUUCCAUCUUAAAGGGAUACUGUAGGCAUCAAAACAUCUUUAGCUUAAAGGAACACUAUAGUCACCUAAAUGACUUUAGCUAAAUAAAGCAGUUUUAGUGUCCAGAUCAUUCCCCUGCAAUUUCACUGUCAUUUAGGGGUUAAAUCACUUUGUUUCUGUUUAUGCAGCCCUAGCCACACCUCCCCUGGCUAUGAUUGACAGAGCCUGCAUGAAAAAAACCAAACUGGUUUCACUUUCAAACAGAUGUAAUUUACCUUAAAUAAUUGUAUCUCAAUCUCUAAAUUGAACUUUAAUCACAUACAGGAAGCUCUUGCAGGGUCUAGCAAGCUAUUAACAUAGCAGGGGAAAAGAAAAUCUUAAUUAAACAGAACUUGCAAUAAAGAAAGCCUAAAUAGGGCUCUCUUUACAGGAAGUGUUUAUGGAAGGCUGUGCAAGUCACAUGCAGGGAGGUGUGACUAGGGUUCAUAAACAAAGGGAUUUAACUCCCAAAUGGCAGAGGAUUGAGCAGUGAGGCUGCAGGGGCAUGUUCUAUACGCCAAAACUGCUUCAUUAAGCUAAAGUUGUUCAGGUGACUAUAGUGUCCCUUUAAUGAAGCCGUGUUUGUGUUUAGAUCAAGCUACUGUGGUCUUACUACUCCAUUAUCUGCCACUUGGGAGUUAAAUCGCAUUUGUUUCUGUCUAUGCAGCCCUAGCCAUACCUAUUGUCACCAGAACUACGACUUAUUGUAGUUGUUCUGGUGUCCACUGCUGGUCCCUGCAGGCUUUUUAUUUUGUAAAGACUGCCUUUUUAACCAUAUAUUGUCCGGAAAGCCCAUUUUGUUUCCUGACUUUUCUUUAAGCUAAAGUUGUUUGUUUUAGUGCCUAUAGAAUCCAUUUAAUGUUUAAGGAGACAUGUAUGCAGCCUCCUAUUCUUCACUCGCAGCAUAAAAGUUGUUACCUUCCCAUCCAACUCCAAGGCAGCCCCAGCUGCAGUUCCUAAUAGUAUGGUUGCUUUCCACUUAUUCAGCACUUCUGCUCAUCCUAUGUGCAGCAUUUUAAUUUUUCAGAUAUAAAACAUGCAAUUUGUUUUAAGUUUUUUUUUUUAUCAGAUGAAAGCACGUACUGGUGCUGCCUGGUCUUGAUGCAAAUGUCAAGAGUUAAGCUAUAGGCAGAGAGCUUCCGGCUCUCAAAGAGGCAGGGACUGGAAUUUGGCGGAUCCCAACUAAAAAGUCGUGCCAGUCAUUUACAUGAGAGGGAGUGUUAGAGCUCUCCUGUCCCCAUAACCUUUAGAGCAUGCUGUAGUGGUUAUGGUAAUUGAUGUGUUGCCUUAAAUAACCAACUACGUAGGUUCUUUACUAAAAUGUUGUCGAAAUGGUGCUCAAGUAAAAACUGUUCCGAAUGGGGUGGGAAAAAUAAUCAGCCAACAGCACACCAGUCACUUAAUUUUUACACCCUUAAGGACUGAACGAGUGCAGUUCCAUGUUCUUAAGGGACACAUAUCAAUUUUCUCUGUAUUAAUCGUGUGUGUGUGUGUAUGUAUGUAUGUAUGUAUGUAUAUAUGAUUUUAUUGUGAAACUAAUGGUCUUAUCAUAAUGUUCUCUCUUCAGAUGAAAGGCGCUCUGACUGAAAUCAUCCAACUGGCUACCUUAGACUCUGAUCCCUGGAUAUUAAUGGUAGCUGAUAUAUUGAAAACCUUUCCAGAUACAGGAUCCUUAAAUCUUGACCUCGAGGAGCAAAAUCCAAAUGUUCAGGACAUCUUAGGAGAACUUCGAGAAAAAGGCAAGCUACCAAUUCUCACAAUCUAUUUAGUCCAGCAUUUUUAAUACCACUGCCGUCUCUGAGCUUGUUUACUCUUAAAGGGAUACUCCAGUGCCAGGAAAACAAAUUGUUUUCCUGGCACUGCAGGUCCCCUGUCCCUCCCACCACCAUCCCCGGUUGCUGAAGGGGUGAAAACCCCUUCAGUCACUUACCUGAGACCCCCGCCGAUGUCCCUCGACGGUGGUUUCGGGUCGCCGCUCCUCCCCUUCCUUAUGUUGGCUAGUGGGCAAGACUGAUGCCGCCGGCCGGGGAGACCUAAUGCGCAUGCUUUUCAAUGCUUUCCUAUGGGCAAUUGAGCACCGCUGGAGGUCCUCACACAGCGUGAGGACAUCCAGCGACGCUAUAGUACAGAAAACCUAUGCUAUAGACACGGAAGUUCCCUCUAGUGGCUGUCUAGUAGACAGCCACUAGAGGAGGAGUUAACCCUACAAGGUAAUUAUUGCAGUUUAUAAAAAAAAAAAAAAAAAAAACUGCAAUAAUUACACUUGCAGGGUAUAGGGUAGUGGGAGUUGGCACACAGUAAAGAUAAAGAUACUCCGGUAUUGUGAGUGGAAAUCUUGGACCUAUAUAAACUAUUCGCUGUGACAUUAACACCCUUCACUCACUUUAAAAAAAAGUGCUCUGAAUCUUGUUACUUUGUGUGUGUAUUUUAGAAUUGUUACUAGCAGUGCCUGUGUAUUUUGUAGCGUUUUGAGUGUGAUGUUACACUUAAUAGGUGUUUGAGUGGUGUUUUAUUUCUAUUUACCGUAUAUACUCUAAUAUAAGCCGAGGUACUUAAUUUUACCACAAAAAACUGGGAAAACUUAUUGACUAGAGUAUACGCCUAGGGUGGGAAAUGCAGCAGCUACUGGUAAAAUUAAAAAUAAAAAUAGAUCCCAAUAAAAUUACAUUAAUUGAGGCAUCAGUAGGUUAAAUGUUUUUGAAUAUUUAUUUACAGUAUGUGUAUAGAAUGAAUGGUGUGUGUGUGUGUGUGUGUGUGUACAUAUUGAGUGUCGUGUGGGGAGGGCAUUUUUAAUAUUUUAAUAAUAUCGCGGUCUGCGUGCAGCGCGGAGCGUUGCCAUGGUAACCUGUGGCAACACUCUGACUGCUGCGGGACUCUCAAGAUUUAGAUGGAGGAGCUGCAGGGAGCUGCUGGAAAGGUAAUGAGCCGGCAGUCCUGGUCUAUAUUAUGGCAAUGUAAGUUGCCAUAAUACAGACCCUGACUCGAGUAUAAGCCGAGGGGGGCUUUCUCAGCACAAAAAAUGCUUAUACUCUAGUAUACACGGUAUUUAUUUUACUAACUCUUCCUUGGUUAUAAAGUAGGGAUGCACCGAAAUUAAAAUUCUGGGCCAAAACGGAAAAUUAUUUUUUUUUUUUAAUUAUCUAUUUAUUUUUUUAUAAUUUCAGUAAUACUAGACUUUUUAAUUAAUUUAAUGAAGUCUAAUAUGAAAAACUGCCCUCCUCCAUUCUCUUUUAGUGGCCCCUCUACCCCAGUGUUCCUUUUCCCUUCCUUGUACCUCAGUCCCCCCCGCCCCCUUUUAUAGUGUUCUUUCUUCUCCCCCGUCCCAUAGUGUACUUUUCUUCCCCCUCCCUUGUCCCAUAGUGUACUUUUCUUCCCCUUCCCCUGUCCCAUGACGUCCCCUUCCCCUGUCCCAUAGUGUUCUACCCACCCUGUCACAAGUGCAGUAUUCUUGACUUUUCAUGUUAUCAUUACUAUCUUUCAUUGUGAUCUAUAAUCAUCUGAAUUGUCAAUGCAAGCAUGUCUGUUAAACUAUGCACUACAAAAAUAAAUAAUGUAUAUUACAAAAAAGAGAGAAAUCGGCAAAAUGUGACCAGUUUUCGGCUGAUAAUUUAGGUGCAUCCCUACUAUAAAGCAGGAUUGAUGCCCCAGUAUAAAGUUUUAAUAACUGACUUUUUGGUUUGUUGACAUUCUAUUUGUAUGAUCAAUUAACAUGCUAGUAUGGAUUUUUUUUUUUUUUAGGAUUUUCCCAACACACACAUGCCAUUUAUUCUAUACACUACAGCUUAUUCUUGUGCAAGUAGUCAGAUUGCAGUCACGUUUGAUUCUUAACCACAACGUGCUUGGCAAUCAUGUGAAUGUAGUGCUGCUGGAUGUCCUUUUAUAAACUUGUGUUUUCCUGUAUGGGCAUCAUGCUGUAAAUCUAGGAACUUCUGGCUUCCUCUCCCACAUAGAGGAAGGUUGUACUGUCUAUGUACUGAUUUAUAAUUCCAUUAUACCAGGUUUACUUUUCUUGCUCUCACCCAGUUAGUGAAUGCGAGGCUUCUUCAAUGCUACCUCUGGAGUGCCAGUACCUAAACAAGAAUGCCCUGACAAUGCUGGCCGGACCACUUACUCCUCCAGUGAAACAUUUCCAACUCAAGCGCAAACCAAAGAGUGCCACGCUCAGGGCUGAGCUUUUACAAAAAUGUAAGUUGUUCGCGUGCUUAACACUUAAGGUGACCUCUCAUGUCUUGUAAAAAGUCAAAGCUGGUUUUUCUGUAACUUUUGCUAAACCUUAUUGUUUCUCUUGUAGUUUAUGAAUGAAUACAUUGUUUGUUUUUAGCCACAGAAGCUGCACAGCAACUGAAAAAGACAGCAGGAGUUCCAUUUCAUGCGAAAGGAAGGGGCCUGGUGAAAAAACUGGACACAACUAGUAAGUUUAACCUUGCUGAUAUGCAAGCAGUAUAUUGCUUUUCAUUUUUUCCCCUCUAUUUUUGAAGAAGAUUGUAUAGGAGGUCUGUAAGCUGUGCAGAAUUUACAGUGAGCUCUCCCUAAACCCGAAAGCAACUGGUUACUAGACUUUUUUUUUCUUUUUUUCUUCUAAAGCAGUGCUUGGCUCUCCAUAACCAGUGCUCUAAGAACACAGCUAGAGUUUCUGGACUCUGGUUGAAUUACACUGCAUGUGGAACAAAACUGGUGCUUGGUUUGCCUUUAAAAAUAACACUAAAGAACAUUAAAGGGACACUAGUCUCCAAAACAACUUUAUUUUAAUGAAGUAGUUUUGGUGUAUAGAUUAUGCCCCUGCAGCCUCACUGUUCAAUUCUCUGCCAUUUAGAUGUUAAAUUACUUUGUUUAGGAAGCCCUAGUCAUACUUUCUGUAAAGCGGCAUCUAAUGUUUACACUUCCUGUAUUGCAAAUUCUGUGUAUUUUAAAGCUUCCUAGACUCUUCAAGAGCCUCUGUAUGUAAUUACAUUUUAAUUUACAAAGCAGAAGAUACAAACUUUUAAAGUAAGUUACGUCUGAUUGAAAAUUAAACCACUUUAUUUCAUGCAGGAUGUGUCACUCCCUGACCAGGGAAGGUCAACAAAAGUAAUUUAACUCCUAAAUGGCACAUAAUUGAGCAGUGAAAGUUCAGAGGCAGGAUCUAUACACUAAAACUUCUUAAUUAAGCUAAAGUUGUUUUGGUGACUAGAGUGUCCCUUUAAGAAGGAAAAUUCAUAACUGUAACUUUACAUGAGCACUACAGGGUCAGGAACACAAACAUGUAUUCCUGACCCUUUAGGGUUAAAACCACCAUCUAGCCACCCUGGUCCCCUCAUGCCUCCCUAAAUAUAGUAAAAUCUUACUUGUAUUCAAGUCUGGAGAUGCUUACUUUGUCCAUUUCCUUUUGACCUUCCCACUGACCUCAUCAGUAGUGGUAGCAUUAUCCAAUCACAAUGCUUCCUCAUAGGAUUGGCUGAGACUGACAAGGAGGCAGAGCCAGCACAGAAUCUCUGAGGAAAGUUCAGUGUCUGCAUGCAGAGGGAGGAGAUACUGAAUGUUUGGAUGCAUUUUAGGCAGCCAUGACCCAGGAAGGAUCUCCAACAUCUAUCUGAAGAGUGGCCAGUGAAGUUAUCACUAGGCUGCAAUGUAAACACUGCAUUGUCUCUGAAAAGACAGGGUUUACAACAAAAACCCUGAAGGUAAUGAUUCUACUUGCCAGAACAAAUGCAAUAAGCUGUAGUUGUUCUGGUGACUAUAGUGUCCCUUUAAUACACAUAGCACUAAACAUAUGUUGGGGUGUGUUGGUCCUUUUUAAAGGUCUCUGGCAUAUUUGCACAAGGACCAAGUAAUGAUCUUGACCCAUUCUUACAUUUUCAAUAUGGCUUUUUAAUAUAAAAACCCUUGUGCUGGUUAGCUGAGUGGCACCAUCAGAAGUGCUGCUAAUUGUCUGACAGUGCCCAUAAACGGUCAUCAGCAAAACCACUAUACUAAGCUGUAGUGAUUAUUUUGCUUGGUGUCCUUUUCAAAUUUACUUGAACACAAAUCUGCACACACUAAAAAAAGCACCUGAAUUCUUAAUUUUUUUUUUAUUUAUUUUUUUAUUUUAUUUUAUUCAUGUUCUCCAAUCAGCUCCUCUGAAAGGCAUACCAAAGCAAGCUCCAUUCAGGAGUCCAACUACACCUAGUGUAUUUAGCCCAACGGCAAACAGAACACCCAUUGCACCUUCCAGAACACCGCUGAGGAAAGAGAGAGGUGUCAAGGUAUGUGAACAUUCUUUUAAUCAUUUUCCUUCACUCCAUGGAGUUUUAUUUUAUUUAUUUAUUUUUUAUUUAUUUUUUUUGAGUACAUCUUGUUGACAUAGUUUGUCUAGGCUAUGCAGAGCUUUAGAUUGAUUUAUUUUUAUAUAUUUUUUUUGGCUUAAACAAAAUUAACUUUUUAAAGUCUAUAUUUUUACAGCUUCAGGAAAUAAAACUUUCAGAUGAUUAUAUAUUCUUGCAUUUACUGUUUUGAUAGUUUUUGGACAUAAAGGAACUGGACAUGGUUGGCGCAGGCCGAGAAGCCAAGAAGAGGAGAAAGACUGUUGGUGAAUAUAGUGUGGUUUUACAAAUGUUGGGGCGUUUUAAACCAACUGACUGUUGCCAUUUGUUUAAAUCUGAAGAAUUCAAAGAGUUUUUUUUUUGGUUUGUUUUUUUUUUAAUCAAAAGAUGUGGAAGUUGUGGAAAAACCCCAAAAAGAAGAGCCUGUUGUGGAAAGUGCUACUCCAGAUUAUGCUGCUGGCCUUGUACCUACUACACAAGUACGUCUGUCUUAUAGUCUUUUUACAAACCAGUUUAUUUCAAGUCCACCUUUUUAUAAAGAAGUCAGCUUGCAUGGGGCAUACAUACAUUUAUUUAUUUAUAUAUAUAUAUAUAUAUAUAUAUAUAUAUAUAUAUAUAUAUAUAUAUAUAUAUAUAUAUAUAUAUAUAUAUAUAUAUAUAUAUAUAUAAAAUUUAUUUACUAUAUUGAUUUUCUAUACUAUGUAUAAUAUAUAUUUUUAGUUUAAUGUUUUGUCGUUUCCAUGUAUCAGAUGAAACUGCUUACAAUGACUUUCUAUCCUCUGUGUAGAAACUUAGUGCUCUGAACUCAGAGAGUGCACUUCCAUCUACCAGCUACAUGCCUGCCACCCCGAGUGUGGUACCAUCCUCCUCUUAUAUCCCAACGUCGGAAGCACAGCAGGGUGAGCAAAGAAAUGGGUCGGGCAUGUACAUCCCUGUAUGUGGUCAUUAUAGCACCGCUAGUUAUUUUAUUUAUUCGUUUAGCAUUCUUAAGUGAUUCUAAAAAAAAAAAGUGUAUUAUUCUGUGUACUUGUCAGUAGGAAGGUGUUUAUGUACUAUUUGUGCAUUGCCUUGUUUUCAUUUUAUAUUGCUCAUAUUUGACACGGUCGUCAUUGUCAGCCAUGUGAUUAAAUAAAGUUUGGUUUUUGGUUUCCGGUCCCGUAGCUGGAUCUGUACGGGAAGCCUUGCAGACUACGAGACAAACUGAGGAGUCCAUACCUUCUAGCAAUCCACCUUUUAAGCAAAGGACUCCUAUGUAUCACAGCAAUUCCAAUGCCGCUGCUGCCACCACACCCACACCUGCAGCCACGCCUACCUCUCCACUAACACCUGCAGCGCCUCCACUCGUGUCUCCAGCAGCUCAGGCACCUCAGAUCACCACUCAACCUCAGCCCAAAAAAAGUCUCUCUCUCACAGUAAGCAUCGUCUUCUCUUCUCUGCAGGGUUUAACUUUAUCAUGAAAUCUGUUUGUAAAAUUAGUUUGGUAAAAGAGCAAAUACCUCCUCUACUGUACGAAGGCCAAGUGGAGUCUACAUAUCAUGGAUGUAUUAAAAGCAAGGUGCUUACAAAUUCCACCUCUGCCAGCCUUAACUCUACCACUUGGAAUGUCUUAUAUUAAUAAGGAUUUAUUAAUAACUAGCAAUUCUAAAUUCCAAAUGGAAAUCUCAUGUGAAGCAUGUCUUGUUUAUCUUGGUGGGGGGAAAUAUAAAAUAGAUUUUCUGAGUCAGCACCAAUAUGUCGAACAAUUAACAGUUAACAGUUUUAAUUUCAGUUUAAAUUGGCACUUUUAUAAUUGUGGGCAGAAACAUUUCUCAAGCUGUCUGACAUUUUCUUCCACCGGCUCCACACCACAGAGCUGGCAGGAAUGGCAGCUCCAGCUCCUUGAGAAUCAGAAGAUAGCUGCAGUCACCGCUCCAGGGCAGUGGCUUCUUGAUGAGAUUUUUAGUCUGUGCCGUGGAAAGAGUGGAGGGCUCCCGCUGGUCUGCAGCUUUUGCAAGCAAGCUGGUUUUUCAUGUACCCCACAAGAAAACCAUCAAGGAAAAUAAAAUCUUUGGGGGUAUAUCUAUUAAAUUGUAAAAAAAAAAAUGAGGUUUUCCUUUAAUAAUGCUUAAAAUGUUUUUCAGAUACUGACGUAGGUGGAUACUGUAUUCUUGUUUAUAAAUCAUAACCAUUUCUAAUUAAAACACAAUGUAUAUGCAUGGAAGGUAGGUUAAUUGUCCUUUAAUAUUGUGUCAUUGUUUCAGAGAGAACAAAUGUUUGCUGCACAAGAAAUGUUCAAGACUGCAAACAAGGUUACAAGGCCAGAAAAGGCCCUUAUACUUGGUUUCAUGGCAGGUUCCAGAGGUACGUUUCACAAUAAAAUCUCUAAUUGAUUACAUUAACAAGGAGGGGUGAGAACGUGAAGGGUUUGUAAUUGUAAGAUACGUUCCAAAAUGAAAAUUUCACAUCUGUUGGUAAUCUACUUUCAACAAGUUUGUCUGCCUUACUUGAGCAGAUUAUUUUUUUAUUUGUGUGUUUUUUUUUUGUUUUUUUUAAUAUACAAUAGUUAUGAAUUGUCCAGGAACCUCCAAGUCUGGUGUUUUGUUACAGCUUACUUGAGGGUUAUGGGGCAGCACCUAAUGACCAGUGCAGUUUGCCCCAUAACCAGUACAAUGAACUAUAGCGCUUGGAGUGUCCCAUUUAAACCUAUGCUGCUCAGGGAGGUUGCGGUGUUUUUAAGUUGAGAUUAACCAAUGUGUAUGUUUUGCUGCAUUUACAGAGAACCCAUGCCCAGAACAGGGUGAUAUCAUUCAAAUCAAACUCAGCGAAUACACAGAAAUUUUGCCGAAAGCAGAUGGCACAGGCAGCACCACAAUGUUGGUGGACACUGUGUUUGAAAUGAACUAUUCUACUGGCCAAUGGACCAAGCUUAAAAAAUAUAAGCCUAUAACCAAUGUAUCAUAAUGAAUUCCAGAAAGGAACUAUGGACCAAACCAGACUUUCUGGUUCAUGUUUAUCUCUAAGCCAACACCACAAAUCUAAUGGAAAAAAUACGGUGGGACGUAAACAAGAAAAGUGGCACAAGUUGCAUUACCUUCAGCUGAAUUCAAAGAGAAACUUGAUGUCUAUUAAACAAGUUCUUUAAGCAAAAUUUACAAAUGAAAAAUUGGCCAGUUUUUGUACUACAAAAGCCUGUUUUAACGUGAUACAAUUGGAUACAGAUACGGUUUGGUUUGAAGAUUCUUGCAAACUAUUUUGUAUUUCGUGACCCUUUAUUUCUGCCCUCUUAGUUUUUGUGUUUUUUUGUUUUUUUUUUGUUUUUGUCCGCCUCACAGGUUACUUUUUAACUCCUUAAGUGCCAAGUACAUUCUAUGCUAUCAGUUUCAUCUGUUCAUCAAAGACCCUCUGCUAACAUGGAAUGUCCUACUUGUUUGUAGUCUACAGUGGCCUCCCUAAUGCUGAAUGGGAAGUCCGUUCUUGUCAAUGUAGGGUCCAUACACAAAAAGUAUUUGGUCUUUAAUGGGGUGUUGAUGGCUAGUGGGUUUGGUUUUGGUUUUUCCAAUUGCUGCCUUUAAAAUGUUAUGCUACCAAGGCUUUUUUUUUUUCUCUAAAAUAAACAGUGAUUUGUGCAAACACAGUUUUCACUAACAAUAAGCAGGUUGGUAAUAAUAUAGUUGAAUUGGAGGAUUCUUCCAUAAUUUUGCAACUUUGGGUUUUCCUCUUUCCCUCUGUAGUGAAUAAACCCCAUAAACUUUAUCUCCAUAUUAUUAUUUUGUUUUGUUUUAGUCUGUUCACGUCUCAUGCUGGACAUUUGAAGUGGACACCCCUGCCACUGCUUAACAUUGUGAUAUCCAGAUUGUUUUAAUACUUACUCCUGACGAGUACAAGGCAUCCUCAAAAGCUGACCUCUAUAGACCCAGACCAAGCAUAAUCUUGUGAAUGUGAAGUAGCUGAGUAAUGUCAUCUGUUGCUCAACCCCUUUGGCAUGAACAAAGUUUAAGAAACGGACCCUCUGUCACUUUUGCAAACAGAAGUAUGGAGGGAAAUACACAAAUUCCAUUUAUAGAAGUAACACAUUUUCUCUUGGUUUAAAGGAACUUAUCAAACCCAUAAUGCAUUUCAGCUUGCAGUUAAGUGUCAGAUCUGUUGCCUAAUAUAAAUGGCAAUUUAGAGAUAUAUGCACUCUUUUUUUUUUUUUUUUUUUUUUAUAAGGCUCUAGGUUGCACCCUCCCAACUGUCUGCUCUUCCUUGUACACGUUUAGGUUUCAAUGCUUCUCUAUGAGCAGUAUUACUGGUAAAUUGUGGAAGUUGCAGCGCCCUGCCUCACAGUGCUUCUCUUUGUGGCGCAUUGGUUGACCAGGAGAUGAUCAUCCCUAAUGAUCUCCUGGACACAGUGCGGUGUGGAGGCCAUCUCACUGCUGUAUUAGUAAUAAAGUAACCUAUCUUACGGGAUGCUGAAGAGUUGCAAAAUGGCUAGCCAGGUUAACAGUUUGGGUGAAAAUGUUUAGGUGUCCUAAAUUAAAGGUUAUAAGAGGUUAAUCCCCCUCUCCUCCCACCCCCCUUCCCAAAUUACAAGUUUGCAUUCGCCUCUCCAACUCAUUGUUUUGUGAAUAGGUAUGUUGAGUAUUAGUCAGUUGUGGCGUGUUACAGUAAGGGUGGGCAUGUUCUAAUACAGUGGUCCAUUAUGCAGAUGAUACACUAGCUCUAUUUAAUAUGAACGCACCAUGAGUACAGGUCACUUAAACUGAAAAGCUCUACCCACAGGUGGUGGUGUUUUCUAUGGUGUCCACCUUCCUCCUACUCCUCCACAUUGGAAGCCCACCAAUUUUAAAUGCAUUUAUAACUUUUAUUUACAGUUUAUAUAAACACACUGUAUAGAUGUAUGUAUGUACCUGAUGUGGAAAAUUUUCAUAGCAAUGUUAUAAAUGUAUUUAUAAAGGGGUAUCUGUAUCUAAUAAAAUGUAAAAUACCUACUCCAGGCACAAGAUGUCAGUGUCUGUAAAAAUAGAGCUGUAACAAUCCCUUUUCCAGCCUUAAUUUUUAGCACACUAAACAAAGAUGCCCCUGAAAUAUGGCCAAAAUAUUCUGUAAAGCAGUGUUUCUUUGGGUUUUUCCUUUUCCACCUCCAUAUCACACUCUACUCUGCGAGAUAGACAUGCAAGACAACCGUACACUUAGGUAGUUGGGUAAUAAAUUCGAAAGGGGUCAGUGAAUUUAUGGUCCUGAAUAAGUAGUGGUGUACAGCAGUGACAUAUUGCAUAGAGUAAUCAGUAUAGCAUUGAGUCCAAUUAAAGUAUUCUCCGGUAGAUGAAAAACUAAAUCUGAUUUUGCAUUUGAGUAAGCCCUGUAUUUUUAUUUCCCCUUACUUUCUGCUUAUUUUGAGGUUUGUCAAAAAUCCUAGUUGGUUUUAUUUUUUUGUUAGCCCAUUAUUUUGAUACUUCAGUUCAGAUUCCUGUGAGCAGGAUUUAAAUGUUUCACAAACGAUAUACUAGAAUCAAACACUGUAAGGGCUUGGUGGUACAUUGCCAUGCAAUGUUGCAAGUCUCCUGUGGUGCAAAACGUAAUGGCUAUUUGUAGAAAUUGUACUAGCAUUUUAAAAAGUUUUUGCAUUUGUUAAAAUGGUGGAGGAUGGAGCCUGGUUGUAUUGCUUACAAGCAAAACUUGUAAAGGUUUAUUUUAUUUUGGUUUUCUCCCUGUGCUGGAUCCACAUUUGUCCUAUAUUUACAUUACUGAAAGACAGAUGAUCUUUUCUGAAUGUACUUCAAAUGCUUUUAUGAAUCUGGAAACAAGACUUGUAUAUUAAACAAAUAAACAUUUUACUAUGGAUUCCAGAACCUGGACAAGAUUUUCUUUUUGAUAUUUUUUUUUUUUUCACUGCAAGUGUUUAAUCUACAGCGUCAUAUGGUUUUGAUUACUUUAUUUUCCCUUUUUUUUGUACAGUUGUUUUAAAAUAUGGUUUGUCUUCUGCUAUUCAUUUUCUGUGUAUCACAAUGUGUAUAAUAAAAGUUUAGAUUUUCUAAGAAAA